AGUGAUAAGAUCUGAUUCUGUUAAUAUUUGACUGCAGUUGAUGGAGUUGAGUGUAAAGUUCAGAUCAGAGCAGUUAUUUGAUCACAUUCAUCACAUUUCCUUCAGAUGACACUUGAGAAAACUUUGGUCUGUGUUUUGUUCGCUGUUCAGCAGCAGAAUCACUUCACAGACGUUCAGCAGCUUCAUGACGAUCAUUUCCUGCUUUCACAAGCAGGUGGCGCUCUGCUAUGAAUCAGAUCAAGGCCAGUGAAGAGGAAGCUCCGCCCUCUAAAACCACUCUGUGUGAGGAACAUGAGGGUCAGAGGAGGAUCCAUCAACAGAGACCAGACUCUCCCAGACCUGGACCUGGACCCAGCUGUGUGUCCAUGAAGAGUGACCGGUCCAUGUAUGAACCUUUGAACUUCAAACAAGAACAGAGAACGAUCCAUCAACAGGGACCAGACUCUGCCGGACCUGGACCUGGACCCAGCUGUGUGUCCAUGAAGAGUGACUUGUCUAUAGAUCGUCUUAUUAGCUUCAAGGAUGGACAAAAACAUGGUGAACUGAUAGUUGAUCAGCAGAGGACAGAGGUUCUCAGUGGUCAGUCUGUCCAGCAGCAUGGAGCAGACCUGGACUCCAUAUUUAAGCUUCUGGAGGAGAACAUCAUCUGCUUUGUGAAGAACGAGCUGAAGAAGAUCCACAAGGUUCUGGAUACAGAUCACACAGAAGUCUCAGAGAGUCAGAGGGAGGAUGAGGAGCAGAGGAGCAGCAGAGAGGCCUUUCUGAAGAUCACAGAGGACUUCUUAAGGAGGAUGAAGCAGGAGAAGCUAGCUGACGAAAUCAGAGCUCCAGCUUGUCGACGUGAGCUCAAAUCAAACCUGAAGAAGAAGUUCCAGUGUUUGUUUGAGGGUGUGGCUAAAGCAGGAAACCCUACCCUUCUGAAUGAGAUCUUCACAGAGCUUUACAUCACAGAGGGAGGCACUAGCGAGGUCAAUGAAGAACAUGAGGUCAGACAGAUUGAUAGAGCUUCCUGGAAACCAGACAGACCAGAAACAACCAUCAGACAAGAAGACAUCUUUAAAGCCUCAGCGGGAAGAGACGGACCAAUCCGAAGAGUGAUGACAAAGGGCGUGGCUGGCAUUGGGAAAACAGUGUUAACACAGAAGUUCACUCUGGACUGGGCUGAAGACAAAAGCAACCAGGACGUACAGCUCAUGUUUCCCUUCACCUUCAGAGAGCUGAAUGUGCUGAAAGAGAAGAAGUUCAGUUUGGUGGAACUCAUCCAUCACUUCUUCACUGAAACCAAAGAAAUAGGAAUCUGCAGGUUUGAAGACUUUAAGGUGGUCUUCAUCUUUGAUGGUCUGGACGAGUGUCGACUUCCUCUGGACUUCCACAACACUGAGAUCCUGACUGACAUCACAGCGUCCACCUCAGUGGACGUGCUGCUGACAAACCUCAUUAGGGGGAAACUGCUUCCCUCUGCUCGCCUCUGGAUAACCACACGACCUGCAGCAGCCAAUCAGAUCCCUCCUGACUGUGUGGACAUGGUGACAGAGGUCAGAGGGUUCACGGACCCACAGAAGGAAGACUACUUCAGGAAGAGGUUCAGAGAUGAGGAGAAGGCCAGGAGGAUCAUCUCCCACAUCCAGACAUCACAAAGCCUCCACAUCAUGUGCCACAUCCCAGUCUUCUGCUGGAUCACUGCAACAGUUCUGGAGAACAUGCUGAAAACCAGAGAUGGAGGAGAACUGCCCAAGACCCUGACUGAGAUGUACAUCCACUUCCUGGUGGUUCAGUCCAAAGUGAAGAGGGUCAAAUAUGAUGGAGGAGCUGAGACAGAUCCACACUGGAGUCCAGAGAACAGGAAGAUGAUUGAGUCUCUGGGGAAACUGGCUUUUGAGCAGCUGCAGAAAGGAAACCUGAUCUUCUAUGAAUCAGACCUGACAGAGUGUGGCAUCGAUAUCACAGCAGCUUCAGUUUACUCAGGAGUCUUCAAUCAGAUCUUUAAAGAGGAGAGAGGCCUGUACCAGGACAAGGUCUUCUGCUUUGUCCAUCUGAGUGUUCAGGAGUUUCUGGCUGCUCUUCAUGUUCAUCUGACCUUCAUCACCUCUGGAACAAAUCUGUUGUCAGAACCAACAACGAGCCAGUGGUCCAGACCAUUUAGAAAAAAACCUGAACUGAAUCAUCUGCACCAGAGUGCUGUGGGCGAGGCCUUACUGAGUCCAAAUGGACACCUGGACUUGUCCCUCCGCUUCCUCCUGGGUCUUUCACUGGAGACCAAUCAGAAGCUCUUAAGAGGUCUACUGAAACAAACAGGAAGUGGUUCACAGACCAAUCAGGAAACAGUUGAGUACAUCAAGAAGAAGAUCAGUGAGAAUCUGUCAGCAGAGAGAAGCAUCAACCUGUUCCACUGUCUGAAUGAACUGAACCAUCGUUCUCUUGUGGAGGAGAUCCAAGAGUCCCUCACAUCAGGACGCCUGUCCACAAAGACACUGUCUCCUGCUCAGUGGUCAGCUCUGGUCUUCAUCUUACUGUCAUCAGGAAAAGAUCUGGAAGAGUUUGACCUGAAGAAAUACUCUGCUUCAGAGGAGGCUCUUCUGAAGCUGCUGCCGGUGGUCAAAGCCUCCAACAAAGCUCUACUGAGUGGCUGUAAACUCUCAGAGAGAAGCUGUGAAGCUCUGUCCUCAGUCCUCAGCUCUGUGUCCUCUAGUCUGAGACACGUGGACCUGAGUAACAACGACCUGCAGGAUCCAGGAGUGAAGCUGCUGUGUGAUGGACUGAAGAGUCCUCACUGUUCUCUGGAGACUCUCAGUCUGUCAGGUUGUCUGGUCUCAGAGGAAGGAUGUUCUUCUCUGACCUCAGCUCUGAACUCAAACCCCUCCCAUCUCAGAGAACUGGACCUGUGUAACAAUGACCUGCAGGAUCCAGGAGUGAAGUUGCUGUGUGAUGGACUGAAGAGUCCUCACUGUUCUCUGGAGGCUCUCAGGUUGGUGCUCAGCUGAUUUAUAUGGACAAUUCUACU